UAUGUUACCAAGAUGAGAAGAUAUCUCCAAAUGGCGGCGCUCAAUAACAUAAUGGGAAGUGUGUUUGGUAUAAGGUUGGAUGGAGAGGGAGAAGGUAGACAGGUGAGGGAGAUGGUGGAGGAGGGGUUUGAACUGCUGGGGGCUUUUAAUUGGGUCAAUCAUCUUCCCUGGCUGCGACCGCUUGACCCUCUGCGAGGCUACGCCCGCUGCGCUCGACUCGUUCCUCGCGUUAGGACUGUCGUCCAACGCAUCAUAAACCAACACCGACAGUCCCCUGUCCCAAGGGACACAACCCAUUCAGAUUUCCUAGAUGUGUUGCUUUCGCUUCAAGGACACCAUAAUCUCCACGAUGACGACAUUAUCGCGGUUCUCUGGGAGAUGAUAUUUCGGGGAACAGAUACUGUGGCUUUAGUUACACAGUGGACCAUGGUGGAGUUGGUAUUGAAUGAAGAAAUGCAAGGGAGAGCUCAGGUAGAGUUGGAGGCUGUGGUAGGGCGAGAUACAAGCGUACGGGACGAGGACAUAUCAAGGCUUCCAUUCAUGCAAGCCGUUGUAAAAGAAAGUUUAAGAAUGCAUCUACCGGGACCUCUGCUUUCGUGGGCGCGUUUGUGCACGGUGGACGUUGAUAUAGCAGGUGGUAUGCAUGUUCCGGCUAGGACGAAAGACAUGGUUAACAUGUGGUACAUUACUCACGACCCGCAGAUAUGGGAGUCGCCUCAUGAAUUCCGGCCAGAGAGAUUUAUUGAACAGAAAGUAGAUGUCCGGGGUAAUGACUUGAGGCUUGCACCCUUCGGUGCAGGUCACCGGGUAUGUCCAGGAAAGGCUCUCGGUCUCACCACUAUUCAUCUGUGGUUGGCAAAAUUAGUCCACCACUACAAGUGGAUUCCUUCUCCUCAACACCCAGUAGAUCUCACCGAGGUUCUCAAGUUGUCCUCCCAAAUGGCCACACCCCUUACUGGGAUUCCCACAACCAUAAACAAUUACUGA